UUUUGACAGCGGAGCAAUCUUGUUUCAUACAGACCAUAGAAAGACAAUUUUAGGUUGAAUAGUUGCUCGAUUGUGGAAGAAUGCGGGAGUCCAGCAGGACAGGAGCGGUCUUCUCCUCUGCUGGUCUGCAGAAUCAUAAAGGAAGACCCAAAAGACACUGCUGUGAUGAUUGCAAGCAAGUCUUCACCAGUUCAUCAAACCUGAAGAUCCAUAAGAAAACUCACACUGGAGACAAGCCUUACAGAUGUGAUCAGUGUGGAGCGGCUUUUACCCGGCCAAGUCAACUACCGAGACACGAACGUAUUCACUCUGGAGAAAGGCCUUUCAGAUGUGAUCAGUGUGGAGAGGCUUUUGCCCGGCAAGUUACUUUGACGAUUCACCAACGUAUUCACACUGGAAACAAGCCUUACAGCUGUGAUAAGUGUGGAGCGGCUUUUGCCCAGCAGGGUGAUCUUAUGAAACACCAACGUAUUCACACUGGAAACAAGCCUUACAGAUGUGUUCAGUGUGGAGCGGCUUUUGCCACAUCAAGUAAUCUAACGAUUCACCAACGUAUUCACACUGGAGACAAGCCUUACAGAUGUGAUCAGUGUGGAGCGGCUUUUGCCACAUCAAGUAAUCUAACGAUUCAUCAACGUAUUCACACUGGAGACAAGCCUUACAGAUGUUAUCAGUGUGGAGCGGCUUUUGCCCAGCAAGGUGAUCUGACGAGUCACCAACGUAUUCACACUGGAAACAAGCCUUACAGAUGUGAUCAGUGUGGAGCGGCUUUUGCCCGGCAAGUUACUUUGACUACUCACCAACGUAUUCACACUGGAAACAAACCUUACAGAUGUGAUGAGUGUGGAGCGGCUUUUGCCCGGCAAGUUACUUUGACGAUUCACCAACGUAUUCACACUGGAGACAAGCCUUACAGCUGUGAUCAGUGUGGAGUGGCUUUUGCCCAUCGAAGUGCUCUAACGAUUCACCUACGUAUUCACACUGGAGACAAGCCUUUCAGCUGUGAUCAGUGUGGAGCAGCUUUUACCACAUCAAGUAAUCUAAGGAGUCACCAACGUAUUCACACUGGAUAAAGUGUACAUUUGUGAUCAUUUCUGAUGUCAUUUAUUUUGAGAGUUCAGCUAAAAUGCACUAGUUUAGUUCAUUUAGUUUGAAAAAAAUAAUUCUGGUGGUUAGAUUGUGGGAAAGAUUUAGAAUAUUUUUUUAUAAAGCAGCAGAUACUUACAGCUGUAAGAGCUGUUCAGUUAUAACCAGAUUUAGAAAAUGAAGUAUAAGAAUUCAAUUCAAAAGUCUUUAUUUUGAACAUGAUGGUAGUGUAAGUAACAGACAUGCUUUAAAACUAGUUGUUAGAUUGUUAUUAGAUGUUAUGUUAUGUUUUACACAAAGGUAAGACAGCAUGAUAGACAUUAGUUCUUAGUUUUAGUCUUAGUUCUGUUAUUCUGAGAGAAAUACAUAUGAAGGUAUGAUUCUGUUAAAUACUGUUUUACAUUAGCCUUUUUCUUUAUGAUAUUUAAUGGGUUUUUUUUUUGUGUUUUUCUUGCAAUGUUUACUUUUC